AGCCACCAUUUCUAAUCGAUCAUCUCUCCCCGCGCUCUGUCAUCCGCUCUCCUGUCUCCCCCUGCCUCAUUUCGUGAGUGGCUCUCUCCGUGACCGUGUGGCUGUGCUCGCUGCUGCGCCGCGCUUUCAGCAUCGGGCUCCGGGCAUAAUGGUCGUGAUAUAAGAGAGGGAGAGAAGGAGAGAGCGAGGAGAGAAAAAAAGCAAGGCCUGAUACUGGGGGUCAGUGGAUGCCGUGCCGUGUGACUGUGUUAUUUCCCCUCGACGACGCCUGAACCGAUUGCCGAGCCGUCGAGUUCCGGCUAAGAAUAAUCCGGCACCCAAGAAAUUUCGACAAUCUUCAACUGCAUAUAUUCCAGAUUCUAAGAGUAAUACGGUACAGCCUGUAGAAUUCUGUAAUCAUGGAAUUGACGGCGUUCCUGCUACUACUGGCCGCUGCAUGCCUCGUGGGAGUCAUGCCGACAGUAACUGAAGCUCAGAAGAUAGUCUCCCUACCGUCCGUGGCCGGAUACGGCGCCGUGGAGAGAGAGCAAGUCCAGGGGCGAUUCCCUAGGAGGGAAGAGCUGUUGCAAGCACUGGACUUCCUUGAGGAAUACGAGAGGGGCAAAGCGAACGACUGGAACACAGACCACGACGACAGCGGUGCUCUUUACGCGGGUGACGCGGAGGCGGAUGCCUUCGACUUGGGAGGCAAUGCCAUUUAUCCAGAAGGCCUGGAUUUGGAUUUCGGGCAGGAAACCGAAAUGUAUCCAGACUACGGGCCCGCGGAGGACAACAACGUGGACAUCUCACCGUGGCUGGCCAACCUUCUCCUCCAAGGAUCACCGGAAGAUCAAGAGAUUUAUGCAGCGGAGGUUGAACAGGCUGAAGAUCUGUCCGAAGAUCUGGAGGAUCUCCUGGAGGCGCUUCUUGUGGCAGAGGCCGAGGUGGAGGCAGCAGAGGAGAUCGAUGAGGCAGUGGCGGAGGAGACUGCCGACAUCGUGGAGGAAGAGAUGGAGGAGAUGGCCGUGCAGAACAUCCUGGACGACAUCUGGGCGCAGGAGGUGCUGCAGGAGGAUGCCGAGAGGGAGCUAAAGUGGCUGUUGGUCGAAGAAGAGGACAGACUGGAGAGGGAACAAGACCAAGAGAAAGCAGAGGACGGGGAAGACCCGUUUAAAUUCGAGUAUUUCUCCUCGGACGAGGAGGGGCUGGCCUCGGACUACGGCUCCGAUUACUCGCUGAGCAACUCCGAGGAAGACUUCGUAGGCGAGUCCUUGGAUGAAGCGGAAAAGGAGGAGCUGAGGGAGGAGGCAGCUGAGAUACUGCGUCUUCAAGACCAAGAAAAGGAAGAAGAGGAGUUGAGAGCCAGACGAAUCUUGGAAACCCUGGUGGGGUCGCUGGCGGAAGAGGCGAUCCAGGAAGAGAUGGAGGAAGAGGAUGCUGUUGAGGAAGAUGAUGAGGAAGAGGAGGAAGAAGGCGACACUACAUCCUCGUUAUCGGUGCUGGAUGCAGGGAUGGUAGAUGGGGAACCAGACGAGGAAGAAGAGGAGGGCGUAGAGCAAGAAGUAUAUAAUGAGCUUGUGGAAUUUCUGGAAAAUGAAAUCGAUCAGGCCAUCGAAGAUAUUGCAGACGACAUCUUGCAAGCGCUGGACGAGGAGAAGAUGGAGGAACAAGCAGAGGGGGAGGGGGAGGGUGUGCCUGAGAAAGAGGUGGAGGAGGCAGACGAGAAUGGGAACUCCCCGGGCGGGACCAAUGUGGAGCAGGCAGCCCAGGAGGGAGAACCGGAUGGCGAUGAUGAAUGCUCUUCACUACAGUAUUUUGUAGAUGACUGUAAUAUAGUUAAUAACUAUGGCGACCUGGGCGCCGACGGAUACAAGGAACUAUUUGCCGGAGCAUGUAAUCGCCAUCAGCUCUGCUAUGCUUGCGGCGAAUAUUACGACGUGGGCAGCAAACUGUGCGACGAGCUUUACAAGGCCGAGAUGUUGGCCCGCUGCGAGGCAGACGGCACAGCUUGCAAACAGCGCGCCAAAUACUUCUGGCUAGUGGCGCGAAACAACAGAAUUCCCGCCUUCGAGUCGUCUCCCGUCUGUGCCGACCCUUGCGUACUCAGUUUCCUCGUAGAAGUCUAAAGGUAUUUGACCGUUGUUCAGUGUUGAUAGUGUAGUGGUCCGACACUCAGUUCCGGCCCGAAGUUCCAGGACCAGCAACAUUGGUUCACCAGUGAUUCAGACGAAGCGUGGCUAAACGAGGGCUAGCAGCCAGUAUAUUGUGCACACAGACAUUGGACAGCACAGUAAUAUCAAUUUGAAACACAAACUUCGGCCAUUUUGGGUCCUUCAGAUGUGUUUUACAACAGAAGCGCCAAUAAGGGAACCUGAUCCCGAUUAAUACCAUGCUGUGCUGGAAAAAAAGUACAAAUCAGAUGUAAAAUCGUGUUUAAGAUUAGGUUAUAUACUUGUUCAUGUGAUGUCCACAUCUAUUUUUUGAAAUAGAAGAACAAUGAUGAUGUUCUAUAAACGGCUGUUGGAGAAGUAGAGAUUGUGUAUUGCUGAGCAAGGCAGGACUCCCUCUCUCGUAGAGGGCGACAUUUAAAAGACCAAGCCGUAUAAAAAUGUAUUCUAUGGAAGGUGCAAAUGUGUAACUCUUGAUUUUUAGCAUGUGUCUGUGUAAGUAAUCAACUGUCAGUUUGUUUUCACCCAAAGUUUCUGUCAAGAGGACGAAUAUGAUAAGCCGCAACUUUACUAAAAAGCAAUUUUCAAGUUGCUAGUAAGCGAGGGACAUUCCAUUUACAAAUGAUUUAUAUUUAAGUGCAAUCUAACUUGGAAUGGGCAGUAAAGAUAUUUGUAUCAAAUGCGUUAGAAACCAUCGACGUUGUUAAGUGCAGCAUCACUCGUGAGUAAAAAGUACAUGUAGAAACGAACCACAGUUCAUAUGCGAAGGAUUAUUAACAUUGGUAAAACUUUGAAUAAUUUCAUAACAGAGCAUCAAGAAAUACGCUGGCGCGAGGUUAAGGCCCUGUUGGCAAGGACAAACACGGAAUCACACGUACUGAGCAUGGGCCUUUGAAUGCCGUAUAGCAACCUACAUCUAGACAUAUCAGCGAGGCGUAAUUAUUAUUCAAAUGCUCAAACCCUGUUUUGAUGUCCUCGUGAAAAUAGAAUCUAUAUUUUGUCUGCAUUGUAUUUCACUUGUUUUGUCGCAAUCAAAGUUUGUGUUUUGGUGUGAUAACGCGCAAUCGCUUUAUCUCUCAAGUUGUUUAGCAAGCUUUGUAAAGCCUAUAUUAUCGCAUAUUACUGCAAGAAUUGUAAUUGAAGUUAACGAAUGACACUUUAAACUGUUCACAGGCUUAUGUGCUGAAAAGUUUAUGCAUAACUAAACUUUUAGCGAUAUUCGUGCGUCAUUCGAAUUAAAUAGAUGGCAAAUCUACUAGCCAUAAAUUAAAGUUGUUGAUUUUAAAACAUAAAAACCGAAAUGCAGACUGAUGAUCUUCGCCAAAAAAGAGUAUAAAUCUUUUCCAGAUGGUUGUUUUAACUUGAAAACAGAAAUUCGCAUACUUCCUUUUGCAAUCUGUGAACGUGAAAUCUCGUCUGGGAAGACGACAGGAUCAAACAGGAGCAAUUAGUUUUCUAAGGAUUACUAUAUCAUGCUUGACUAAAUAGCUUGGAAUCGUCUUUAUCUGUCAAUCAUUUAUUGAAAUAAAUGUCUAGCUGUGUGCUUAAUAAUUAAUCCAGUCAUAUAGCUCACUGCAGAAGGAACCAACUGUCUCGGGCAACUGUAUGACAUAUAGGUGAUACACCCAAAAUAUCAAUCUAAAUGUGAGCUGUGCGGCCUUUGUCAGGUGCAUGCGUGCUACUUGAUAAACACAGCGUGAGAAAACAGUUGUGCAAACUUUGUUAUCGCAAUAAAAUAUUAAUAAACUUCUUAUCCCUCUAAAUUUA